GUUUAUAUUUUCCUAAAGCAAAAGAAUCAAUCAAAACUCUCCAAUAUCCCACAAACUUUCUUUCAACUCCAACACCAAAUCAUCAUUAUCUCUCACUUUUCUUUCCUCACUCAAUCAACAACCUAAAAGACCAAUACACUAACAUGCCCAUGCUCUCUCUCAACUCAUCUUUAUCUCCUUACAUCUUCAAAACUCUCUUGAACUCAAUAUCAUUGGAAUUCAAAGUUCUAACCUCUAAUUUCCAAUACCUCAAACAAUGGAAUCUCCAAUCUUCCUCAACCUCGCCUCUCUAAACAACAUGUUCUUCUUCACACUUACCCAAAACAAAAAACCCCAACUUUGUUAAGAUACAAAAACACAGACAAGUUUCACAUGGAGAUUCACAAAAACACAAACAAGAAAUGGGGAGGUUCCAAAAAGGAAUCAAAAUGGAAGAAGAUGAUUUUCUUCAACACUUCAAAAACCACCCAAAAACCACCUCAAGAAUUUCUCUGCCCCAUUUCUGGUUCUCUCAUGUCCGACCCUGUAAUUGUCUCCUCCGGCCAUUCCUUCGACCGAACCUCAAUCCAAGCCUGUAAAAAUCUCAACUUUACCCCUCAGCUCCAAGAUGGCACCACCCCCAAUUUCACAACCCUAAUCCCAAAUCUCAACCUCAAAUCCUCAAUUCUCAAAUGGACCCAAUCCCAAUCCAAAUUCCAAACCCAAACCAACCAAAAUCUCACCACAACUGAAAACCUCGUACGUACGUUAAUGUCCUCAAAAAAACAUCAACAACCCCCAAACGACAUCGUAUCAGUGAAAAACGACCAAGAAAAAGAAACACUACAAAUCCCAAUCUUAACACCACGAAAAACCUCGUACUCGAGCUCAGAGGAAUCCAUAGCUACUGCCACGUCAUCAUCAUCGACAACAACACCAAAAUUUCAAAGCUACUGUUACUCUUCACCUUCCUCUUCCGAAAUUGAACCUUCAACAUCACCAGAAGAAGAAGAAUUCGUGGCCAAGCUCAGAAACCCUCAAUCGAUUAUAGUAGAAGAAGCUCUAAUCUCUCUCAGAAAAGUCACGAAAACGAAAGAGGAAUCUAGGGUUCAACUCUGCACCAAUAGGAUACUCUGUUCUUUGCGUUCUUUGAUUUUAUCCAAAAACGACGUCGUAAGAGUCAACGCUCUUGCUUCAUUAGUCAAUAUUUCACUAGAGAAAGUCAACAAAGUGAAGAUCGUACGGUCGGGAAUUGUUCCACCGUUGAUUGAGAUUUUGAAAUUUGGAUCCUGUGAAUCGCAGGAACAUGCUUCGUGUGUGCUCUUUAGUUUAGCGCUUGAUGAUGAUAAUAAAACUGCGAUUGGUGUUUUGGGUGCUCUUUUGCCUUUGCUUCACGCGCUUAAGUCGGAGAGUGAGAAGACGCGUCAUGACUCGAGUUUGGCUCUUUGUCAUUUGUCUUUAGUGAAGAGUAAUAGGGUUAAGAUGGUUAAACUCGGGUUUGUUUCGGUUCUUUUGGGAAUGGUUAAGUCGGGUUAUAUGAUGGAUCGGGUUUUGUUGAUUUUGGGUAAUUUGGGGUUUGGGCCGGAUGGUCGGGCUGCGAUGUUGGAUGCGGGUGUUGUGGAGUGUUUGGUGGGUUUGUUGGAUGGAACUGAGUUGGAUUCUGAGUCAACUCGAGAGAGAUGUGUUGGGAUUUUGUAUAUACUAAGUCAUGGCGGGUUGAGGUUUAAGGCGGUGGCGAAAGAGAUUAGGGUUGUGGAAAUGUUGCAAAAGAUGGAGAAAAUGAAGAGUGAAAAAGCUAAUGAGAAGGUGAAGAGGAUAUUGGAAAUUAUGAGUGAGAAGGAGAUGGAGGAGGAAGAGGUGGAUUGGGAGGAGUUGCUUGACUCGGGGUUCAGUGGUCGAACUAUGAGUCGACUCAGUAAUGGGUUGGACGAGUCAAAUGUUAACUCGAAUGAGUUUUGAAUACAUAUGGAAUUUUUUGUUUGAAGUAUUUUUUAAUGUAAUUAUUAGUUUUUGGUUUUUUCUUUAUCAUGUCAAAGUUGUUGAUGUUCAAUUGGGUAUAAAAUGGAACUCAUGCAAUUUUUCCAUUGUUUUCUUAAUUUGAAGUUGAGUGGAGUAUAGGAAAACGGAAAGACUCUUUUUAAUUGAAGUCAUUUUUUUUACUUUUUAUUUGGUUUGUGUAUAGAGAAGGAAGAAUCUAUGGAUUAUUAGUUGUAAAGAGAAAUUAGGAAGAUAAUGUUGUUUUUGGUGGAAUAAAAGAAGAUGGAGAUUAAUAAAGUUGUAAUUUUUUGGAGCAGAAAGUGCCAAGGGGUUGUUGGUGCAUAUGCUUAUGCUACCACUUUAUUCCUACACUUACUACAUGUUCUAGCUGGUUAUGCUUCCUUUUCAUGUCUAAAUUUUCUUUUUCAAUUCUUUUGCACUUAAAUUUUAGUAUGUGAGCUGAAUAAUUAAAGUUCAAAUUA